CGUUACGCUGGCCAAUAGGAAAAAGAUGACGCUUUCAACAGAGGGUACUUGCGCUGACCAGACAUUCUGCCGAAGGAUGGCGAAACGUCUUAAGACAAAUGAAGAAAAGAAUGAGCAAGAGCCUGGAGGAGAACGAAACGUUCCUGGUAACAGUGCAACUACUGCGGCCACAGUCAGCGAACUCACGAAAUCACAUACGGGUGCCUUUGGUGAUUCAUCCGUUAUUCCGCCUUCAGAUAUGGUGAAAGCCCUCAUCAUGGCUGCUGACAAUGACAUGCCUGAACUGAACCGUGUUGAGUUUGCCAGGACUUUGUCUGACGACGAUGAUGCCGAGGCUUAUGACCCGAUCUUUGAGGAAUCAGAACUUCCACCUAGGCCAGUGAAACACAAGAAAAAGAAGUCAAAGGACGGGAAAUCAUUAAAGCAUUCCUCAUCAGACAAUGAAAAGGCAAAACCACAAACUGAUAAUUAAAUCAUUAGAAAUAUUGAGUGACAACAUUAUUCUUAGACAUUGUCCUACAGGCAGUGAAAUGUACGUGCUGUUACUAUAUCACUUGUUAGUGGUUUUACAACAUUUUCUCGAACAUAUUAUUUCAAUUUUGAUGGCAAUUAGUUUGUAGUUCUGUAAAAUGACAAUGCAAGGGAAACAACUUCAAUUUAAAAAUGAUGCACAUGUUUUAUACGAUAACUUUUAAUCAUUUAGCAAUUGAAAAUAACGAAAUUAUCUUUACGUGUUACUUUGUAUUAUGCGAUAUAUUGUAUUUAAAUAAUAUUUUUAAUAAGUUAUCACGUUUGCAGUCAAAUAUUACUGGUAAAUAUUACCUUGUUUUAAAAAUAGCAUAAUAAAAGAAUGAUGACUGUUUUUACUAGUGAAACACUAUUGCCUUACCAUCGAGCUAAACAGAUCUUGAAGAAGACAUGUUCUUGCUAUGUUGUAUAUCGCCGUUCAAUGUGCAUACUUUUUUACAAUCUGUAUCACUUUUGGAAUUACAAACUUUUCUCAAUUGUUGCCAUAACGAGUAAUAUAAAAACGCGCCUAUGGUCAAAGGGGCGCAACUACAAUACAAAGUGUUUUCUCUGUAAACCAAUGAUGUAAGAAAUUAAAUCAAUUUGUAAAUACUUCAAGAAGUUGUGUUGGCAUAUUUACAAUUAAAUAUGUAUUAUAUUAUCUGUAUGCAAUUAUAAUUCUUAUUAAUAUUGUAGUAAUUAUAACUGUUUUAGUUAUUAGUGUUGUUCUUUAAAACUAGUUAUAACCUUGCCGUUGCCAUACGAAUUUGUUUAUUUUGUUGCACUGUGUCAUACUUCGUCAAACUUGAAUAAAUUUUAACAUAUGCAGUAUGUUUUUAUAAGAAAAAUCAGAUAUAGUUAUUGACUUUAACAUUUAGGACGAAUGUAUCGCACGGUUUCUCUUUAACGAAUAACAAUUGAUAUCAUGACAUUUUCUGUUUUGUUAUGACUGAAAGGCAAAUAAACUUUAAAAUGCU